AGGUAAUAUAGGUAUAUAGAUUAUAAUAAACUAGAAAGUUUCAAAAAAUCAUAACAUUGUUAAUAAGUUCAUGAAUAGUAUUUGCGUAAAUAUUCAUUAUUUUUUGAUCUUACAGAAGUAAAAUUUAUUUAUUACAAUACCACAAGUUUGCUAAUUUGAAAUAAAACAUCAUUGUUUUUCAUGAUUAAUAACUUUUAAUAAUGUUCAUUAAAGUUUUAUCCACAUUACCAAGUGUAAUGAUAAAGAAAUCUUCAUUUCUAUUUCACAGGCCUUUAACUACAAUGCAUAGCAAUAUCAUAACGAAGGAGUUUGGGAAAUUUAAAGUACAAGUGCUUCCAGCAUUAUCAGAUAAUUUUAUGUAUUUAUUAAUUGAUAAUAGUUCAAAAGAAGCUGCUAUUGUUGAUCCUGUAGCACCUGAUGUGGUUUGGGAUGCAGUCCGUAAAGAAAAUGUUAAAUUAACAACUGUACUUACAACACACCAUCAUUGGGAUCACGCUGGUGGCAACAAAGAACUUAUUAACAGCAAUACCAAUGAUCAAUUGACUGUUAUUGGAGGUGAUGACCGAAUUGAUGGUCUUACAAUUAUGAUUGAUACACAUGGAGUAGAUGUUCAAUUGGGAUCAUUGAAUAUUAAAUGUUUAUGCACACCUUGUCACACCACAGGACACGUUUGCUAUUAUGUUAAUGAAGAGCAAAAUGGUGUUGUUUUUACAGGAGAUACAUUAUUCUUAGGAGGUUGCGGUAGAUUUUUCGAAGGUACUGCAACACAAAUGUAUAAAGCAUUAAUUAAAAUAUUAUCACAAUUACCUGACAGCACUGCUGUGUUUUGUGGACAUGAAUAUGCCAUUCAAAAUUUGAAGUUUGGUUUGCAUGUUGAACCAUCUAACCAACAUAUAUUGAGUAAAUUAGAGAAUAUUGAAGCCAAACGAAAAAUAAAAGAGCCAAGUGUUCCAUCAACUAUUGGUUUAGAAAAGCUGAUUAAUCCAUUCAUGAGAGUAGAAAAUGAAUCAGUUCAAAAAUUUACUCAAACAAUUGGUGAACCAAUUAACACAAUGAAAAUGUUGAGAGAUUUGAAAAACAAUUUUUAAAAAAUAAUACUUAUUUUAUUACAAUAAUACAUUCUUGUAUAAAUUGUUCGUUAAUAAUACAUUGGACAUACAAACAUA